CUGGCCCCCAGCCGAGGGGGGUACCUGCAACUCCAGCCAGGCUGCCAAAGUAUCCGUGCGGCCUUCGCUGCUUGUCCGUGCUGCACCUGCUCAAAGCUGAAUGCUCAGAUGCUCCACCAAGCAUCCUGCUCUUCGACUUGAGUCUCAACAUAACUCCGUGCCCGUGGAAUAGGGGCUCGAUCCGCGCCGCCUUUUGUGAAAAUGGAGUCCGCGUCCAGACUAUCGGACACCAAAGGUCUAGGUCCAAGGAUUGAUCGCAGCCAGGAGACUUUCGGAGCAAUGAAAAUGCCACCUGGAUACACAAAAGAUCAGUCCCGUCGACGAAAUCUCCGUUCAAGGAUCAUAUCAUCCCAACCUGCCCCUGGACGAUCUACCACAGGGCCCCGGCCUAUGUCUAUGGGUAGUCGCCCCAUUGAGAUGCAAUCAUCUGACAACUCCGAGUCCGAUUACGCGGAAAUUGUCCACUACCACCGGCGGCCUCGAGCAAAUAUUAGCACUCAACGUGACACAACACCUCCUCGUCGGGAUUAUGAUUUGCUGAUAGACCAGCGCUUUAUGGAAAUGAAUGAUGAGAGGCAGGAUCUCGAGAUAGCCAAACAUCAGCAAGAAAUCAACCGGCUGGAGAGAGAGUUGAUACGGCGGAGGGAUGCCAGCAAAGGCCGAUACCAGAGAGAGGAAGAGGAAUGGUAUGAGGAUGAAAUCGAUGAGCGGCUGAGGAGACUGGAGAGAUUCGAGAAGAAGGCGCGCACGGAGGCAAAACGCCAAACAGAGGAGCAACUCAAGCUACAGAGGCUCGAAGAAGCAGAGCUAUCUGCCAAGAGGGAAAAUGAAGUCAAAGCAGCGUUGCGGGAAAAGAGGUUGGAAGCGUUGGAGAAGGAGGCGGAGGAGAAGGAAAGGCGAGAGCGAAUCAAGAAGGAGCUCGGCGAUGAAGAGGCUCGGCGAAGGCUUGAAGAACAGGAACGCACCAACCAGGAGAAUAGAAUUCGGAUUGCAGCCAUUGAGGAGUAUAAGUUAGCCGAGCAGCAUCGUCUGCUUGAGGAAGAGAGACGGAAAAUGCAGCUGGAAAAUGAGGUCAGAGCGGCAAUCAAAGCCGAGCUCGGAUACACCCUCGAGCAGGUAAAAGUCAUCCUCACACGGAUGGUCACCAGAAAGGCCCGGAAACAUAGACGGGGACGCACGCGAGCCUUCUCCACGACCGACUACGAUAUUCCGAGCGGGGACGAGGCAGAUAUGGAAGCGUCGUGAUCUCCAUAGCAAAGCCAUAUUCAUUGGGACAACUAAUACUUGCCCAUAGUUCCCAAUUACACCCA